CCUUAUGUGACAUGGCGUCUGAUAGGAAAGUCAGUUCUUAAACGGGUUCAAACGUUAUUAUUGUUUUUAUGACAUCAUUUGACGAAGUGGCUUACUGUAAAAGCCAAAAACUUUUUCUAGAGACUUGCAUUGAUGGUAAUGCAUGCAAGGAAAACUCAGCGGAUGAACGAUGGGUACUUCGACAAGCACCAAACCCAUCCAUAUCAGAGCUCGAAGUACAGUUCAUCGAAGAGUUACGGAUCAAGCAGCGAUAGGUACGAGAGGAUUCGCGAUUCACCAAAUGGAAACUAUAGGUCAGACAGUCCGGAUUCCCAGUCUCCUCGGGAUCGCGACAGGUCUUAUCAAUCGAAGAGCUCCUAUCUACAGAAAAUCCGUGAAAAGGAGAGAGAAAAUAGAGACUAUAAGGUGUCGAGAGACAAGUAUUCAGAUUGUGCCAGGUCACCGAAAGAUAAACGGAGCAGAGAUUCUGAACACAGAACCAACUCUGAUAGAAAUGAUGAAAAAAGCAUCUUGCAUCCAAUAAAGGUUUCCCAGCUAUCGUCUAGAGAUAGGAAACCCAUGCAUAACAAUUGUGUAGAUAAGAGGGACGACAGGGAUAGGGUUGUUAGGGUGGGUGAUUGGUCGGAGCAUGUCAGCUCGUCUGGCAAAAAGUAUUAUUACAAUUGUAAAACUGAGGUGUCUCAGUGGGAGAAGCCGCGUGAAUGGAUAGAGAGGGAACGGGAUCGAUUCCGCAGCAGAGACAGGGACCGCGACAGGGACUCCGAGAGGAAUUACAGCAGUUCGAGCCGCUCGGGUAUGCGACAUGAGAAACAUUCCAACCCAAGAGGGGCGAACAGCAGCGGCGGCGGUGGCGGAGGCAGCAAGGACCACGUCAGGGAGAGCGCGACGGGCAGCCGUCACUGGAGCAGCAGCAGCAGCAGGGACGACAGCGACGUCCCCUCCAAGGAGUCGCGCUCCUCCCGCAAGCACUCCGACGAGAACGUACAAUCGACGCAGGACAUGGACAUCUCGCCGGGCGACAGCACGCCCACCUCGGAAGUUUCCUACGGCAACAACGCCCCCCAAUCAACCAAUGAACAAAACACGAUGGGACCUGUACUACUGGCGAACGCCCUACCCAGGCUGAUCUCGCACCCGAUCCACGUGGUGUCGUCGACGCCGACGGGUAGGCCCGAGGCGUCUCCGCAGAGCACCCCCACGCUGAUGCCUGUCCCGAACGUUGUGACGACGUCCAACGCCCCGGGCCCGCCAGGCGGUCUCGCCUCGCUACCAAGGAUCAUGUCGCAAACCUCGACCUCGGACAGUGUGGAAAAAAACUCGCACGGUCCACAGAGGCCCGGAGACAGUGCAGUGCAUACUUCUCUCAGUAUAGACACUAAUCACUCGGGGACCGUCGCUGAUGGCCCGCCCACCCCCACGCACUCGGAGACACCGGAUUGUGCAAAGGCGGUCGCGGUGCCAGUGAGUAGCCCUCCCGGCAGCCUGCCGACCCUCCAGGGGAUGUCCAGUUCGUUGCAAGCCCUUAGACCUCAGGGCCCCACAAUAACUCCCUCGUUGGCGAACCACUACAGAGAUGACCUGGUGAACCACGUGAGGGGCUGGCCCGCCGAGAUCAUAGAGAAACAGGCGCAGAAAUUGGCAGACGAGGCGCAUAUAAUGGGCAGUAUACAAUGUUCUAAGGUGUCGGCGGAGCUGAAAUCCGCUAGGUCAAUUGUUCGACUUACCGAGAUCCAAGCAACGUUACAGGAACAGAGAAUAUUAUUUUUACGUCAACAAAUUAAAGAAUUGGAAGAGCUGAAGUCGCAAAAUUCAUUCAUGUCCGACGACUCUUAGUAGUUGAAUAUCACAAGAUUAUAGUGUUUAUAAUGGUUAAAACUUUUUACCUUCGGCGGAACAUUAUUAUUAUUUUUUUUUAAUUUAUAUUUGCAACCGGUAUAUAUUUAUAUUUUCUACAUGAUACUUCCCGGCGGGCGGCACACGCCCCCCGCCCGGGGCACGUCUGGCAUUUUAUUUAAUUCGAUAGACACUAAAGACUAUCUCUCUUAGGUAGAGUUAUAACGUGACCUUGUAUUUGUAUUAUAUUGGUUUUAUGUUUUAGGUUUAGAUAAAUUAAUAUAACAUAGAACUAGUUUUUUUCUAUCGUCGUGUAUAUUUUCAUUUGUUGUUUUUUUUUUUUCAUAAUUCGUUGUUGGGCGAUCGUUUGCGGUCUAUCAUUUUCGAUCGACGGUCCAAUUUAUUUUUCGUUCAACCUUAGGAACAGGUCGGUCAACAAUAUCGUUUCUCGAUUUUUUUUUGACGGUAUAGACACAAUUUAAAGUGUAAAAGUGUUAAAUCACUGACAAAACGCAGUAAUCAUUUUCUGUACAAAAUUUCUGCAGAAAGAGGCGUAAAAAUUUAAAACCCAUUGACGAAAUAGAAAAAAAAUCGAUUUUCUUGUAAAUCCGGCUGUUCCCGAAUGAAACGUAUUUGUUGAAAACGGUUUUUAUUAAAAAAACAGAUAUUUUCGGAGCCUCUAACUUAAAACGUGUUUUUCUCAAGCUUUGGUAAUGGUGAUAUGAAAAAACGACCCGAUGUAAAGUCAAAAUGUGUAUUAUUAACCGUGAAGCGUUCUUAAUAAAUGCGUUUUGUUCGGAAAUGGUCAAAUUCGCAAAAAAAAAUGCAAGAAAACUUUUUUGUUGUAACAACGAGCAGAUAUUUUUGAAAAAUGUUUAAUAUACGAGAUACGGGGUGUGAAAAUUUCCUUCUAAUAAUACUUUUGUUGAAUAUUUUCCAAACGAGCCAUGUUCUUUGGUUGAAACAUGUUUGACGCAUUAUAUAAAUGUAUUUUCAAUUUUUGCUUCACACGGCAUAGAAAAGUGGCCCAAAAAUUGAUACGACGUUUCCCUGCGCUUUUUCUUGUAAAUCCGCCUGUUCCCGAAUGAAACGUAUUUGUUGAAAACGGUUUUUAUCAAAAAACAGAUAUUUUCGUAGCCUCUAACUUAAAACGUGUUUUUCUCAAGCUUUGGUAAUGGUGAUAUGAAAAAACGACCCGAUGUAAAGUCAAAAUGUGUAUUAUUAACCGUGAAGCGUUCUUAAUAAAUGCGUUUUGUUCGGAAAUGGUCAAAUUCGCAAAAAAAAAUGCAAGAAAACUUUUUUGUUGUAACAACGAGCAGAUAUUUUUGAAAAAUGUUUAAUAUACGAGAUACGGGGUGUGAAAAUUUCCUUCUAAUAAUACUUUUGUUGAAUAUUUUCCAAACGAGCCAUGUUCUUUGGUUGAAACAUGUUUGACGCAUUAUAUAAAUGUAUUUUCAAUUUUUGCUUCACACGGCAUAGAAAAGUGGCCCAAAAAUUGAUACGACGUUUCCCUGCGCUUUUUCUUGUAAAUCCGCCUGUUCCCGAAUGAAACGUAUUUGUUGAAAACGGUUUUUAUCAAAAAACAGAUAUUUUCGUAGCCUCUAACUUAAAACGUGUUUUUCUCAAGCUUUGGUAAUGGUGAUAUGAAAAAACGACCCGAUGUAAAGUCAAAAUGUGUAUUAUUAACCGUGAAGCGUUCUUAAUAAAUGCGUUUUGUUCGGAAAUGGUCAAAUUCGCAAAAAAAAAUGCAAGAAAACUUUUUUGUUGUAACAACGAGCAGAUAUUUUUGAAAAAUGUUUAAUAUACGAGAUACGGGGUGUGAAAAUUUCCUUCUAAUAAUACUUUUGUUGAAUAUUUUCCAAACGAGCCAUGUUCUUUGGUUGAAACAUGUUUGACGCAUUAUUUAAUUGUAUUUUCAAUUUUUGCUUCACACGGCAUAGAAAAGUGGCCCAAAAAUUGAUACGAUGUUUCCCUGCGCUUUUUCUUGUAAAUCCGCCUGUUCCCGAAUGAAACGUAUUUGUUGAAAACGGUUUUUAUUAAAAAACAUAUUUUCGGAGCCUCUAACUUAAAACGUGUUUUUCUCAAGCUUUGGUAAUGGUGAUAUGAAAAAACGACCCGAUGUAAAGUCAAAAUGUGUAUUAUUAACCGUGAAGCGUUUUUAAUAAAUGAGUUUUAUUCGAAAAUAGUCAGAUUCGCAAAAAAAAAUGCAAGAAAACUUUUUUGUUGUAAUAACGAGCAGAUAUUUUUGAAAAAUGUUUAAUUUACGAGAUACGGGGUGUGAAAAUUUCCUUCUAAUAAUACUUUUGUUGAAUAUUUUCUAAACGAGCCAUGUUCUUUGGUUGAAACAUGUUUGACGCAUUAUUUAAAUGUAUUUUCAAUUUUUGCUUCACACGGCAUAGAAAAGUGGCCCAAAAAUUGAUACGACGUUUCCCUGCGCUUUUUCUUGUAAAUCCGCCUGUUCCCGAAUGAAACGUAUUUGUUGAAAACGGUUUUUAUCAAAAAACAGAUAUUUUCGUAGCCUCUAACUUAAAACGUGUUUUUCUCAAGCUUUGGUAAUGGUGAUAUGAAAAAACGACCCGAUGUAAAGUCAAAAUGUGUAUUAUUAACCGUGAAGCGUUCUUAAUAAAUGCGUUUUGUUCGGAAAUGGUCAAAUUCGCAAAAAAAAAUGCAAGAAAACUUUUUUGUUGUAACAACGAGCAGAUAUUUUUGAAAAAUGUUUAAUAUACGAGAUACGGGGUGUGAAAAUUUCCUUCUAAUAAUACUUUUGUUGAAUAUUUUCCAAACGAGCCAUGUUCUUUGGUUGAAACAUGUUUGACGCAUUAUAUAAAUGUAUUUUCAAUUUUUGCUUCACACGGCAUAGAAAAGUGGCCCAAAAAUUGAUACGACGUUUCCCUGCGCUUUUUCUUGUAAAUCCGCCUGUUCCCGAAUGAAACGUAUUUGUUGAAAACGGUUUUUAUCAAAAAACAGAUAUUUUCGUAGCCUCUAACUUAAAACGUGUUUUUCUCAAGCCUUGGUAAUGGUGAUAUGAAAAAACGACCCGAUGUAAAGUCAAAAUGUGUAUUAUUAACCGUGAAGCGUUCUUAAUAAAUGCGUUUUGUUCGGAAACGGUCAAAUUCGCACAAAAAAAUGCAAGAAAACUUUUUUGUUGUAACAACAAGCAGAUAUUUUUGAAAAAUGUUUAAUUUACGAGAUACGGGGUGUGAAAAUUUCCUUCUAAUAAUACUUUUGUUGAAUAUUUUCCAAACGAGCUAUGUUUUUUGGUUGAAAUUUUACCAGACGUUUGUUGACACAUUUAAAUGUAUUUUCAAUUUUUGCUUCACACGGCAUAGAAAAGUGGCAAAAAAAUUGAUACGAUGCUGACAAUACGCAAGAAUCAUUUUCUGUACAAAAUCUCUGCAGAAAGAGGCUUAAAAAUUUAAAAGCCACCGACGAAAUAGAACAAAACAACAUUUCCCUGUGCUUUUUCUUGUAAAUCCGACUGUUUCUGAAUGAAACGUAUUUGUUGAAAACAGUUUUUAUUAAAUAACAGACUAAAAAAAAGACCAGGUGUAAAGUCAAAAUGUAUAUAAUUAAUUGUGAAGCGUUUUUAAUACAUGCGUUUUGUUCGAAAAUGGUCAAAUUCAGAAAAAAAAUGCAAGAAAACUUUUUUGUUGUAAUAACGAGCAGAUAUUUUCGAAAAAUGUUUAAUUUACGAGAUAAGAAUGUUCUCUUGAGCAUUCCUUGUAAACGAAAACAGUCGGAUUUACGAAUAAACUCAAAACGAACAAAUAUUUUGGGAAGAUAACGAACGACUGUUUUUCUUUGGCCUACUUGUUCCUAAAAUUUGACAAAAAUAUGGUCAAACCGCCUUGUAUAUUUUCGUAAGUAACUGUAAUUAUUUAGUACUUGUUUGGCAUGAUGGGGAUCUAAGUUUUCCAGCGAGAUGAGCCGUGUAACCUGCGAAUUUUUUGAUCAACGGAUGCAUCGCACCGAUUUGUGUCUGAAAACGUACCGAAUGAAAAUAUACACCCGUAGAGCAAUGAAAUUGCUCCCAAUUUUUUCUCCAAAUAUCUAGAAAGCUACAAAAUAUCUUGUGAUAUGAACACUGUUAAAUGUUUCUGUUCUGUUGCUUUAAAUAUAAGGGAAAUUUUAAAACGUUUGUCAUAUUUAAGACGGUGCAAUUCAUUUCCUAGGUUUACAUUAAAUUCGUUUUAUAUAUUGUAUUUUUUCCCCCCGAGGUGUUUUGAAUAUGACAACUGUUGUGUUUUAUAUGAUUGCUUUAUUUACAUUUUGUAAUUUAUUUUUAGUUCCAGUUAUAUAUAUUAUAUAUAAAGAACCCGUUUUCAGAAAGUACAAGUCUCUUUGUAUGCAAAAAAAACUUUAAAAUUGAUUUUCACAGGAUUCUAUGCCUACUUAGCACCAUUUAUUUGGCUGAGGAAAUACUUGUAUAGUUGUCUCCAUGUAAUUGAGUGUAUGUCUGUUAUAUAUAAUCUUAUAAAAUUGAAAUGUUCCAAACAAGUAACAUAAAAAUCUUUUUAAUCUAA